GCCGAUGAGUACACUCGGUCUGGAAAGGAUUCUGAGGGUCUUUUCCCAUGCAUUCUGGGCCACGAAGCUGCUGGGAUUGUGGAAAGCAUUGGUGAAGGUGUAACAGAGGUUCAACCUGGAGAUCACGUUAUACCUUGUUACCCGCCAGAAUGUAGAGAAUGCAAGUUCUGCAAGUCAGGAAAGACAAAUCUCUGUGGCAAAAUUCGUGAAGCUACUGGUGCUGGUGUUAUGUUUGGGGAUCGGAAGAGCCGCUUCUCUAUAAAAGGGAAGCCUAUCUAUCACUUUAUGGGGAUAUCAACAUUCAGCCAGUACUCUGUUGUGCAUGACAUUAGUGUUGCAAAAGUUGAUCCAAAAGCUCCAUUAGAGAAAAUCUGUUUGCUUGCCUGUGGUGUUCCAACAGGUCUUGGAGCAGUCUGGAAAACAGCCAAAGUUGAACCUGGUUCAGUUAUUGCAAUAUUUGGCCUUGGAACUGUUGGCCUUGCAGUAUCUGAGGCUGCAAAAGUUGUGGGGGCUUCCCGGAUAAUUGGAAUAGAUAUUGACAGCAAAAAAUUUGAGCUUGCCAUGAAGUUUGGAGUAACAGAAUUUGUGAACCCAAAAGACCAUGAGAAACCAAUACAACAGGUUAUCAUUGAACUCACUGAUGGUGGGGUUGACUACAGUUUCGAGUGCAUAGGCGACGUGUCUGUCAUGAGAGCUGCUCUAGAGUGCUGCCACAAGGGUUGGGGAACAUCUGUGAUCGUGGGUAUUGCAGCUUCUGGACAGGAGAUCUCCACAAGGCCAUUUCAGCUGGUUACUGGGCAUGUAUGGAAGGGAACGGCCUUAGGUGGUUUCAAGACCCGUAGUGAAGUUCCUUGGCUUGUGGAGAAAUACAUGAAGAAGGAGAUCAAAGUGGACGAAUAUAUCACACACAUUGUGCCACUUGGGGAGAUUAAUAAAGCUUUCAAUCUGAUGCAUGAGGGGAGCUGUCUCCGAUGUGUCAUAGACCUGCAUGCUUGAGGUGCACGUUGUGUUCUUUGUAUGGAUGUGCAUGACAGGACAGUGUAGGAUUUGUGAUGUUAUUAUAAGCAGCUAGCAUGCUUUGAAUUGCUCAAAUCCUUGGCAUCAUUGCAGUGGUAGUGUAAUUCUAUUGGUAAUAAUAACUUCCAAAAAACAGUAUAAUUCAGUGGCUUAUACACCUAAAGACUUGAGAAAAGUGGUUUGCAGAAUGUCGAAAAGGAACCUUUAAGAUAUUCCUUCAUGUUUUUUAGCAAGGCUUAGAAGUAUGAUCUUUAAGUAUUCUAA